CCGCGCACCGCUGACGUCUUCCACGGAUGUGACUGAGCAGCUGCGCCACCCCGCCUCCUGUCACCGGUACUGUGCGCGCCGCCGCUCGGGAGUACAGUUACGACGUCAAAGAGCGCCGCAUCUCCUUCCAGUUUGGAGCGACCGCCACAACUCGCCUGCUGUGUGGCCGUUAGCUACGACUUACUCCACCAUACAGAAGUAAGAUGAGAGGCUACGGAGCUGCUGGGGUGUUGGCACCUUUGCUGGUGUUGACGGUGAUGCUGUCAGCCGUGCAGGGCCAGGUGCCAGCGCUGGGGGCCUGUCCAGACAUGCAGACGGUGCCCGGCUUCGACAUGGCCAGGUACAUGGGCCGGUGGUACGAGGCGGAGCGCUACUUCGCGCUGUUCGAGUUUGGCGGCAAGUGCGUCAGCGCCAACUACACCGACUCCGGCGAGGGCCGCGUCGCCAUCGUCAACAGGCAGACCAGCUCCAUAACUGGUAUACGAUCAACGAUUGAGGGUGAGGUUCGGAUCCUGGGCCGCACGGAUGACUCCAAGCUCAACGUCCGAUUUCCAUCCCUGCCAGUCACGUUUACGGCGCCGUACUGGAUCCUCGACACAGACUACGACAGCUUCGCCGUCGUGUGGUCGUGCACCAACUUCGGGCUCUUCAGCAUACGUAACGCUUGGAUCCUGACACGCGACCGCUUCCCGACGCUGGAGGUGAUGGAGCGCGCCUACUCUGCCGUGGACCGCCACGGCGUCUCCAGGGCUUUCUUCAUCCGGACCGACCAGAGGAACUGUCCCAGCGUCUACUGAGCUCGCGGCCGCUUCACGCCGUGCCAGCGUCCUGGAUUCACUGCGUGAACUGUCCAAUCUUAUGACUCCCUUGAGGAAAAUAGCCCAUAUGUAUUCCGAAAGACUAUAGGGAACGUCUGUCUACAAAGAUACGCGUCGCUACGCUUUGGACUACAUCUUUCAAUCUGUGAUCCUACUGUUUACGUUCGAAGACCAUGGUCUACUUGAAGAAAUAUUAUAAUUAGGUCUUUUUACUGAAGACCACGGUCUAGUUGGAGAAAUGUUAUAAUCAGUUUUUUUCUUGGUUUAUUUAAAGAGAAUGGCGGUGCAAUACAUUUCGUACCGCAGCGCCUCACCUUUCCGACUGUCAAGUCCACAAAAGUUUCAAAUGACUGUAAACCGAAUCUAUAACGUAUUUCGUGCACAAGUACAUCGUCCAAAGGGUUUAAAUUUUUUUAGUGAUAGUGAAUGUUUUGGAAGCAUAUGCAUCACUUCUGAAGAGGAUCUACGUUUCUUAAUUUCUUCCAAUAAUGUAUGAUUUUAAAUAUAUUGUUCCACUAGAAAAGCAUUUCCCACCAUUCGUGGUAGCUGUUUACAUGCUACAGCGGCUUUCUAAAUGUGAGAAGUAUCACGUCAUCAUAGCAGACAGAUUAAACUUUCG